AUUAUUCGUAUUCCAUAUUUAUGGAAUAGUUGUGACAACUUUGGAAAAAGUCGCUGAGACUGACAGUUGUAUAUGGUCAUCGGACCAAGGCGGUUGUGAGCAUAAAAACCUAACAAAAUAAACUGAUUCCAAAACCGAAAAGGAUAUUCAAGAUCACCUAAACACACAUUUAAACAUGGAUAUUGCCGAAUUUUACAAUAACCGAGAAAUAUUUAUUACCGGUGGAACUGGUUAUCUGGGCAAGAGUCUAAUUGAAAAACUACUGCGCGAUUGUGAAGGCAUAAAGACCUUGUAUAUGCUUAUACGACCCAAACGGGGUAAAACUGCUCUGGAACGUUUGAAUGAUUUCAAAAACGAUUCCAUAUUCGAACGCGUGCGCCGUGAACGGCCAAAUGUUUUCGACAAAGUUGUGCCGAUAUUUGGCGAUUGUCAGGACAUUGGUUUGGGCAUAAGUCAGGAGGAUUUGAAUCGUUUGAAAAAUGUUAGCAUUCUUUUUCACGGCGCAGCCUUUGUGAAGUUUGAUAAUGAUUUACGUAGUUCCAUACUUAUGAAUACCAGGGGCACCUAUGAAUUGGUUAAAAUCGCCCUGACGCUAAAACAAUUGAUUGCCUUUGUCCAUGUCUCGACAGCCUAUAUCUAUCCAGAGGGCAAUUAUAUAGAGGAGAAGAUUUAUAAACUUCCCAAUGACUGGCGCACCGCAAUUAAAUUGGCGGAAACGUUUGAUGUUAAUAGUUUGGACAUUUUACGUUUAAAAUACACAAAUUUUUAUCCAAAUCCCUAUAGUUUUACCAAAAAUCUAUCAGAGCAAAUUGUUGCCGAUCAUUCGGAUGCAUUACCGGUCACAAUUAUACGACCUGCAGUUGUUUCACCGUCCUACUUGGAACCAGAACCGGGUUAUUUAGAUAAUUUAAAUGGGCCAAUGGGCGUUUUGGCUGUUGUGGCACUGGGUGUUUGCCAAAUGUCAUAUACCAAUCCGGAUUUGAAGCUGGCUCUUAUACCAGUAGAUAUGGUGACAUGUUUGACCAUUGCCAGUGCCUGUCAACGUGGUUUGGAAAUAUUAAAUAAACCCAAAAACGCCCCCCUAGAGUUGCGCAUACAAACUUUUGCUCCCGUCGAUUUGUUCCCCUUUACCUUAUUGCAGAGCGCAAAGAAAAUGGUGGAAAUUAUCAAACGAAAUCCCAUACAAAACUCCGUCUGGGCACCGUCGAUACGUAUGACAACGAAUAUGUAUUUGUAUUUCGUGUGGCUAUUUUUGGUUCACAUACCUAUGGCCAUAUUUUAUGAUGCCCUCUUGAUUAUAUCGAAAAAGAAACCCAUGCUUUUGCAAGCAAACCGCAAAAUUUUCUACGCCGUCAGAACGUUGGGUAAAUUUUCCAAAAAAUAUUUCGAAUUUCAAAACGAUGGCAUGUGGAAUGUGUUAAAAUUUACCUUGGAACAUGAUGAGAAUCGCCGCUUUUAUGUCGUUGAUCCCAAAGAUUUGGAUUUCCAUCAUGCAUUUGAAGCCCUUGUAAAUGGUUUGAAGAAACACAUCUUCAAGGAACCCCUAGAAGCUACAGCCGCCACCCGUCAACGCUUCAAAAUGUUUGUUCUGUUGGAUAAAUCUAUUAAGUUGUUGUUAUUUUUAAUUGUUGUUAGAUGCUUAUGGAAAUGGACGUAUUAAUUUUUCUAAUAAAAGAUCUAGCUAAUAGAAAUAAGAAGAUAGGAAUUGGGACAAUAAACUUUAAAGA